AUCUUUGGGUUAGUUUCGGUUUCUCCUCUGAAUCCUCCCCUUUCCCUAGUUUUUGGUUUACGGAAAGCCCAGCCUCAGCAGCGGCGGCGGCAGUGGCAGCGGCGGCGGCGGCAGCAACAUGUCUUUCAAUAACAGCCAGAACCAAUAUCAGAACGUGUGCAUUCCCUUCUGUGGACCUAUUCCUGGUGGACUCCAGGUUGGCCAUGAGGUCACUGUCAAUGGGGCAGUCCUUCGCUCUGGGACAAAUAGGUUUUCCGUGAAUUUUCAGUGUGGGUUCGAUGGAAACAACAUUGCCUUUCAUUUCAAUCCUCGAUUUGACGGUGGCAGUUAUGUUGUGUGCAACACGAAGCACAGUGGUUCCUGGGGGCCCGAGGAAAGGAAGAUGCAGAUGCCCUUCACUAAGGGGAUGCCCUUUGAAAUUCGCUUUCAGCUCCAGAAUGAAGCCUUCAGUGUGAUAGUGAAUGGGAAUUACUUUCUCCGGUACGAACACCGGAUGGCUUUCCAGAAAGUGGACACCAUCGCGAUUGAGGGUAUGGUGAUGGUGUCCUUCAUCAGAUUCCAGAACAGCCGAUCGGCUCCCAUUCAGCCUUCCUGUGUUGUCUUGCCGGCUGCAUUCUUAGCACAAUGUUCCCCUAGGUCGAAGGAAAACAAACCCAAACCUCCUGACCCAGUUUGGCCUCCUGCUGGCACCAUCAUUAGUCAAACGUUUAUCCCUGGUGUCCACUCGGCUAUGCCCAGUGGCCCCUUUCUCCCACCCUCGUUGUUCUCUGGUCCGUUGUAUCCCUUACCAUUCCGUACAUCAAUUUCUGGGGGGCUCUACCCAAACCGGAUAAUCCUCGUGUCUGGCUCCAUCCUGCCUACUGCUAACCGGUUUGAAAUCAACCUGAAGUGUGGGAAUGACAUCGCCUUCCAUCUGAACCCACGAUUUUGUGAGAAUGCUGUGGUCCGGAACACCCAGAUUAACCGCUCGUGGGGAUCUGAAGAGCGUGGUCUGCCUGGUUGUAUGCCCUUCGCCAGAGGCCAGUCCUUCAUGGUGUGCAUCAGGUGUGAUGUCCCCUGCCUCAAGGUGACUGUCAAUGGGUGCCAUCAGUUUGAUUACAAGCAUCGCAUAAGGAACCUGCUCUCUAUCAACCAGCUGGAGGUAUCAGGAGACAUCCAGCUAACCCAGGUGCAGGUCUAAACAUAGGUCCUCACGCGGGCGUUCCAGCCUGAACCUUUCUUCUCUCCCUCCUGCCUCUCCUCGCUUCUCCAGACAGAGCACCAGGCUCUCUGCCCCAGAAUCAGAGACGUUGGAGUAAACCGCUGGCUCUCCUCUCGGGGAAGGCACAGGAGGAAUCUCUCAUGUGCCCAGCCUGUACGAUGGAUACUUUCUUGGGACAAUUAGGGCUGAGUUCACCUUCCAGACCUGAUUGCUGUUGCCUCCAGAGUGAUGGUUUGGCAUUUUGUUGGGGGUGGGAGGGUUCUCCCCUCACCACUCCUCUCGUCUCACUCUGGAGCCCCCAGGGGACGGCUAGGUGGUUCAGUGGACUGAGAGCCAGGCUUAGAGAUGGGAGGAUCUUGGUUCAAAUAUGACCUCAGCCACUUCUUAGCUGUGUGAGCCUGGGCAAGUCCCUUAACCCCUUAGCCUUCUGUCUUGGAACCAAUACAUAGUAUUGAUUCUAAGAUGGAAGGCAAGGGUUUAAAAACAAAAUGGAGCCCCUGCCUCAACUUUUCAAAUACACCCUAUCUGGGAUGUAUCCACCCAGUGCCAGUUGCUUCUUUCCCCCUCCCCAUUUGACCCUUCUUGGUGCCUCUGGACAUCUCAGUUCCUUGUUAAAUGCUAAGAUCUUUCCUUAUACCUUGCAAAGCCUUCCUUCUCCAGGGAGUAUUUUGUGAUAAGCAAGAGCCAACUGAAACUUCCUGCCCAUUUCAACCUGGGUGUCAACCACUCUAGUCUGAUCUCUGUGACCAGGUUUAUUCCAAGCAUAUGAAACAGUAUCUAUUUGAGGGUUGGUUUCUUUGUUUUUUUUUUUUUGUAUAUUCCAACUGUACUCCAACUUCUGGUUUUUGGACUCUGUUUCCUGAGGGCAGGGACCAUGUUCUACCUAUAAUUUGUAUUCCUCUGUUGCCUCAACAGUCAUAUAUGCAUAGCAGGUGCUUAAUAAAUGUUUGUUAUAUGGUA